AUGCCUCCGGACAACCCCAAUGGAACAACAGCACACGAGGAUAUUGAACCCGCCUAUUUCAAAAACAAUCCGCCCCCCAAGUCUCUCGCUAACCACGAGACCCUGGCCCGGGAGUUCAUCCAAUAUCACUUGGAGAACGCGCCGGAUCGCCGAAUCGCGUUGGUUACGUCUGGGGGGACCACUGUUCCGCUAGAGAACCAGACAGUGCGCUUCAUUGACAAUUUCUCUGCUGGUACUCGAGGAGCCACCUCCGCGGAAUACUUUUUGCAGGCAGGCUAUGCCGUCAUCUUCUUACAUCGGCAAUUCAGUCUCCUGCCCUACUCUAGGCACUACAGUCACAGUACCAACUGUUUCCUCGACUUCAUGGAGGAAUCUGAAGACGGGGAACGGGUUGUUGUGCGAAAGGAAUACCAAGAGAAGAUGCGGCGAGUCCUAAAGCAGUAUCAAUACGCCAAGCAGAAUCGGCUGCUAUUGCUUCUGCCUUUCACCACCGUCACAGAAUACAUGUUCGAACUUCGCAGCCUGGCUCUCAUUAUGCAACCUCUCAAGAACCGGGCGCUUUUCUACUUGGCUGCCGCGGUCUCGGAUUUCUUCAUCCCAAGAGAUCGGAUGGAGGAGCACAAGAUCCAGUCUCGUGAGGGAGGAGCUAGCCGCCAACUGGUUAUCAAUCUGGACCCAGUUCCCAAAUUUCUCAGCAAUCUGGUGCACACCUGGGCUCCCAAAGGCAGCAUGAUUGUAAGCUUCAAGCUGGAGACGAACCCAGACCUUUUGGUCACCAAGGCCGAACAAGCUCUGGAACGCUAUCAGCAUGACCUCGUGAUAGGCAAUCUGCUCACGACCCGCAAAUGGGAGGUUGUCUUUAUUACUCGCGAUGGUGACGAGAGAUGGAUCCGAGUUCCAAAGACGAGACGGUCCAAAAGCUUUUCUGGGGUGGAGGCACUUGUAGGCAAGGCAGAGCGAAAGCAUGGGCCGGAACCCCAUGAUUUGGAGGGAGGUACCGUGACCGAGGGUAUGGAAAUUGAGAGCUUGAUUGUUCCCGAAUUGGCCGAGAUGCACACUGAAAUGAUAAAGAAGACAUCUUGA